AUGGUCCAUCAACUCGUCGUCGCUGUGUGUGUGGUGUUAGGGCUCGCCUCUCACCAGGUGUGUGCUCAGUGGUCGGGUAUGGGCCAAGGUCAAGGACAAGGUCAGUUAGGAGGAUGGAACAGCGGUGCGUGGAACAUGGGCCAGGGUCAAGGUCAAGGAUUUGGUCAAGGUCUUGGUCAAGGCCAAAGUCAGUUUGGAGGAUGGGGCGGUGCUUUGGGCAUGGGACAAGGAGGAGGAUGGGGACAAGCGUCACCAGCUGGUUUAGGAAUGGGAGGCAUGUUCCAACAGGAACCUAACCAGUAUCAGACCUGCAUCGCCAAGAACUCAAAUGGGGACGAGAUGAGAGUCACCUUCAGCAGCAGCAACAACAACCCUAUGUUUGGAAACCGAUUUGGCAACGCCUUGCGUCUCACUGCUCGCAUCUCCUCCAACCAAGCUGCAACUCUCCAAGGUCAAUUCCAGUUGGUCGUCACUGAAUUCUCCCGCACCGAGGAGGUGUGUUCCAGCCGUGCUCUCGGCGACAUCCUGACCGACCGUACCUGGUGGAGCCAGUCCCGUACACCCCGCGGCAUCGUGGGCACCCCCGUCACCAUCAACCAGGGACAGACCGCCACCUCCUCUGAGACCGUGGAGAACCUGGCCUUCGAGGAGCUGACCGGCCGUGGACUGGCUCUGUGUCCCUCUCACCAGAUCUCUGGCUCCACCUGCAUGGACGUCAUCCCUCUGUGCUGCAAGAUCGGCUUCGACAGUCAGCCUGCCACCACACCAUUCACCGCCCAGAACCAGCUCUUCGGCCAGGGACUUCUCGGCAUGCAGAACCCAGGUAGCAACAACGGUUUGGGAGGCGGUUUCGGCCAGAGGAUGCCCGGCGGGAUGGGAGGUGGUUUCAAUGGAGGACUCGGUGGUGGGAUGAACCUUGGAAUGGGUGGUGGUCUUAAUGGCGGCGGCUUGGCCGGACCUCAAGGUAGAAACCAGGGAUUUCCGGCUGGCGGCCAGGGCAUGGGACAGGGCAACGCCGGACCUCAAGGUCUGAACAACGGUCUCAACAACGCAGGUACCGGGAACAUGGGCGGUCUCACCUUCCAGAGCGUGUAG